GACGUGUGUAGCUGCCAACAGUAUCCGAUAACACCUGUGUCUUGGACUCAUUAAAGAUUUAACCAGAGAAGUCACGUGCAUGCUGAAACAUGGCUGACAACAGCCAUGCUUAAAGCACAUCUCAAAAACUUUGAAAAAAGGAAGCAAAAUGGAGUUACCUUUGGAUGAGGAGGAUGGCACUUUCACCAACAUUUCUUUGGCAGAUGAUUCAGCAGAGCAUCUCUCAGGAACACUCUCUUCAAAAGCUGAAAGAGCCCAUUCUACAAUGAUGAAUGCCGACAUGGACGCUGUUGAGGCUGAGAAUCAGGUGGAAUUAGAAGAGAAAACACGGCUUAUUAAUCAAGUUUUGGAACUGCAGCACACACUUGAAGAUCUCUCAGCACGAGUAGAUGCUGUUAAGGAAGAAAACUUGAAACUGAAAUCAGAAAACCAAGUUCUUGGACAGUAUAUAGAAAAUCUGAUGUCAGCGUCUAGUGUUUUCCAAACAACUGACACAAAAAGCAAAAGGAAGUAAGGGUUGGCUCACAGGUGUCAUUGUAUUGCUGCUGUCUUUUUUUGUUUUAGUUGGCGUAGGCUACUUGAGCUAAAAUACCUUAGUUUGUGGCUUUCCUGGAUACCUGAAGAUUAUAAACUUUGGUGAUAAACAGAAUUAAGACCAUUAGCAUGAAUGGGAGACAUAAGUUUGUGUAUUGUUAAGAUUAAGCAAUGUGCAAGUGUAGUGUAGA